GUGACGCAAUCGAUUGACACCUCAAUGAUGAUGCAGCGGGCCAGCUGUCACGGCGCGCGAAGGAUCCAAAUUUCUCUUUAGCGGAUCAGGCGGGAGGAGCAGAGAGGAAGCGAGCUGAACGCUAGCGCGUUGCACUUUCAAUGACUGAAUUAGACGUUGCCGUUCUGGCAUUAACUUUUUGGACAUCUUCUGCGGUUGACACGAGUUGACGAGUCUUUCUGUUUAUCAUCGUUGGGUUCUUUGUUCACCAAGCGUCGAGUACGAAGCGGCCAACGAUAUGAGCCAGGUCCUUUCUCAACAACAGGUGACCGCUGAAGUUCUCCCAGCUGUGGCUCCCACAGUAACUGAUAGCGAUUCGGACAGUGGAAUGGGUUCUCCAGCAGAGGAGAGAAUGCAGAAGACGACAAAUAACAGAGAGGAGCAUCCAGAUUCUGACGAGGAAGACAUUAAAAUUCGUAGAAAGCCUCGCCGUAAUGCAAUCAGAGAGAGUGACAGUGAAGAGGAGGAGGCGACCAUGGAAGAAGCAUUAGUAUUGGCUGCUUCCAGUGGAGAGGAGAUGGAAACUGAUAAGAAAGAAGAGGUCCAAAAGAGCAGAAGGCUUUCUCCUCUCCCUAAUGACAAAGACAGCGAACCUGAGCUAGAUAAAGAUGAGCAGCAGCAGGACACGAAGAAGGGUGCAAAAUCAACGAAAGACCAGAAAAAGAGGGAGAAGAGACGGAGACACCGAGACAAAAGAGAGAAGUGUCGUAAAACCGUAGACAAAUUGAAGAAAAAAGAUAUAUUCUCAGACCUGAAUGAAGGUACGCCUCUCCCCGGUCCUCUUAAUGACAGCGGCUGCUUGUUGGGUGACCCUGAUCUCUUUGACGCUGGUAUCAAUGAGGAGGAGGAGGAAUCGUUGGGUUCCAUUCGAGCAGCUGUCAAACAAAAGAUGAAAAAGCACGAGGAACAUUUCUUGGAUGAUGGAGAGGAAGGCGAUGAAGCAGAAAAGCCGCAGCGUGUAGAGAGAAAAUCUGCUCGCGCAAGUAAAGAGGCAAUGAAGCAGCUCCACAGUGAGACUCAGAGGCUGGUCAGAGAGUCAAAUCUUGGCCUGCCAUACCACAUUCCGGAGCCAAAGACCAUCAGCCAGUUCUUUAAGAAGAGAGCCAGGCCCGAGGGCCCUGCCAUGGCUCUCCUAAAAUCACGACAUUAUUCUGCAGUAAUGUUGGAGAAACCGACGCCACCACUACUUCCGACCAACCCCAUCAGUGAAACCCAGCAGCUGCCCGCAGAGCAGUACUCUUCUCCCACUCUGCACGAUCCAUGCUCUCAAUUUAAACAGUUACCUGAUCCUGCUGCCACGUCCUCGCCCCAAGCGGAGAGUCUGAGUCAGACACGAGAGGCCGGUGCUGAGAGUUUAGAAUUUGAGCAAGAUUCUGUUCCUAUGCUUCAUCUAUCAGAGAGUCUGCAGGAGUCGAUUACAGCAGAUUCUUCAGUGAAACCUAUAUUUGAUGAAGAGACUUUUGUGAAACAAACUGAAGCUCUACAUGGUGUCCAGGAAGCAGAGGGUAGACCCAGAGCUGCGGUUCAGACUCCAGCUACAUCUUGUACUGAUCCUGUGUCUGCCGAGCCGACCGCACAGCAGGACACCAAGCCCAAAAUGGACAAAUUAGCAAGAUUGAAGAAGCUUGGACUCGAGCCCCCACCUGUUGCCAAAUUGUGUAGCAGCGCAGGAGCUUUUGUACUGCUUGAACCAGCUUCACAAAAUAAAGGUGUUCAAGCUCUUAAGGAGCGGUACCUUCGUCACAUCCAUGCUCCGGUCCGACCGCAAGGAGAGCGUGCAGUGCAGAUCAAUAUCGUCCGUAAAGACACCACCCCGUCUGGCAAAGAGGAGUUGCUUGCUGACUCUUUUACUGUCAUUGUUAAAGAAGGACAAGAGGAGCCUGUGCCAACAAAACCUGGAGGAAAACUCUUGACCCUGAAGCAGCGACUCCAACUUGCCAUGGCGCAGCGGAGACAGGAGGAGCGGCUGCGCAAGGCCGAGUUGAAUCGGCUCGAUAAUGAAGACUGCGAAGAAGAAGAUGAGGAGGCAGAAAUGACAGAUGACGACGAAGAGGGUGUUGAUGACUUAUUGGGGGGAAAUGAUGAAGACAAUGCGGAACAAGAGGAGGAUGGCAGUGUAGUCCAGAGUAUCCGAAGUCUUUCUCCCGUGGCACCGAAUGCCCAGUCAGUAACUCCAGACCUAAUUAACACCGAUGGAACACUCAUACUCUUCCCUGGGAACUCCUGCUCUCGCACUGGUGAUGGUGGUAGAAGAUCUGCUGCAGGACAAUACGGCAUAAGUAAACUAGAAGAUGAUGACUCGCUGUCCCUUAUGAAGGACAACAGCCACAACAGCAGUUUUGAGCUGGCUGGAUCCAUGAUCACUUCUUACCAACCGGUCAGCCAUCAACGUACAGGAAGAGGCGCUUCCAACUCCAACUCCAACUCCCUGUUCCGCUCACCUUCUCCAUGCCUCUUCAGGCCCAGUAUCCUCAGCUCUGCUUCCAAGAGCUCUGGUAAACUGUCCGAGCCCUCGCUCUCACUGUGCCUACCGGUUGAGGACUCCCAAGAUUUGUAUGCCCCUUCCUCCCCGGUGGACUCUGAUCCCUUAGGUGAAGUAGUUACUGGGCCAAGUGCCCUCGGCGGAGACUCUCAAGGUCGCUUCUCUCUAGAAGACGAUGCUCACUCCCAGUUGCUUGAUGCUGACGGCUUCCUCAAUGUGGGACAGCGACCUGGUGCCGUCCAAUCACACAAGAGAAAAUUGAUCCUAGACAGUCUGGAUGAAAAUGCAAUGGACGCCAACAUGGGGGAGCUUUUAGGGUUGUGCUCGGGUGUUUUCGGGAUGGCGCAGAGCAGCUCCACUGACAGAGCGCCACCAGUUGCUGGUGAAUCAAAGGCGGAAGAACUUCUCGGACUAUGCUCAGGUUCAUUUCCAGAAACACAAGCCACGGGAAAAUCUCUGACUGAUGACAGUAAGGAGCGAGAUCAGGAGGAAGACACUGAAAACACCAUGGAUCAACUACUUGGCUUGUGUUCUGGAAAAUUUCCGAGCACUGGUUCUUCCCACAUGGGUUCACUGGCACAAGAGGUGUCAGGACAAGAUGUGUCACCACAAAAUAGUAAAACGACACCACAGGAUGAGGAGGAAGAGGACUGUGAGUUUCGACUUCUGUCUGACGUGGAAGAUGAAGAAGGUGAUGAGGAGGAUGACGACUCAGAUGCUGAUGAGAAUGAUGAGGUUGAAAAGGAAGAGAUGAAUGCAGUGUUUGCACCAACUCUUAAGAAGAAAAAGAAAAUGCGUCUUACCGACUACGUGGACUCCGAAGCGGAACUGUCAGGCAGCAACGACGGUAGUGGCGAUGAGGACGACGAAGGAGGGAGCGAGUAUGAAGAAGAGGAGCUUCUCGAGGAUCUUCCCUCUGAUGAAGCUCUACAUGACCAGGUCAACAAGAUCCACAUGAAGCAGAUAAUGGACGAUGACAAACGACGUCUGAGGCUGUACCAAGAACGUUACCUCGCAGAUGGCGAUUUACAUUCUGACGGCCCUGGAAGAGCUCGCCGCUUCCGCUGGAAAAAUAUAGAUGAUAACUUUAGCACGGACAGAAGUGGUGCUGAAGAGGAAGAGGAGCAUGAGGAUGAUGAUGACAUAGAUCAGAUUGAGAUCCAGAGAAGGAAGGAUAGACUGGAGAGGGAACAGUGGCUUAGAGAACAGUCCCAACAGAAAGCCAAGAAAGUGGCAGAUUUGGAUGAGGAGGAUGAGAAUAUUGUGGAGGAAGAUAGUCAGUUUAUGAAGUUGGCCAAGAAGUUGACUGCUAAGACUCUACAGAAGAAAGAGCUUCCUGCAGCGCCGCCGCCACAAAAGAUGUCAACCCUCAACCUCUUCCUGGGUCCCUCACAGGUUAAAAGAGGUUCCCUGCUAAGUCAGCCUCAGUCUGUCCUGACGAAAUUGGCAUCCAUAUCUGAGGGAAACCCACUGGCACCCAGAAACAGUCGGGGAUUCCUCUUUCAGAUGUUAUCUCCAGAGAAAGACUGCUCAGCUCGAGAUGCCUCUCAGCAUCACACUGCGAAGAGGGCGGGGAACAGGGGAGCAGUGACCCCAGCACCCAAGCGAGUCUGCAGGCAGGACACAACUGCAAGACCCGAUAAGGGACCCCAGAGGAGUAUUUUUAGCUUCUUGGAGCACUGAAUUAGGAACAUAGUGCUGAUGAAUGGUAAAAGUGUUUAUGAAGCCACUUGUUGCUUGUUGGGCUGUUUUCUACAGCUCAUGUUUGACUUUUAAAAUCUGUUGCAUUUGACUGGUCGACAGCUAAUUGUACAAUUGACUUGCAUUUUCUUUUUUUAAGAUGGUUGUUGCCUGUGCAUUCAAUUUUAUUUUGUAAAUACAGAUUUUUUUUUGUCUAAAUUGUUGCAUUUUGUAUAAUGUAUUUUACAUGUAAAUAAAAUUAUAUUUUAAGACGUU